AUGCCGCUUAACGUUACGUCGGCAAAAGCUAUUCUUUUCGACCUUCCGCUCUUUUUCAACUGGCAAAGCACACUUGACGUGCUCAAAGAUCCACCCACUGAGUACGUCGAGAAGGUCCAGCCGCCUGUCGACCUUCUCGCCGGACUGGAUGAUAUAUCUGCUCGCGUCGACGACGGGUCUAUUGCGAGUGAAUACGGCUUCGGCUGGGAGCUGUAUAAGUUGGUGGGAGCUGCUCACGAUGGUCAUUUCGCCUACAUCCUAGAUGUCGUCGGACAGAUUUUCACCUUCAGCCGCCCUCUUCCAUUGGUUUCCGUAUCUGAGGACGGUAGCAAGCUCCCCGCUGUAUUGACGACCGCGCGGCCCCCCGAAUUUUUGGAGGAGCUGAGCCAACAAGGUUCUCUCCAGGACCGCGAUGCUCUGUACAACAACUUGUUUUACAAUCUUGCGCAAAUUAGUCUGCAGUCUGCCGGAUCUGGCACGGGAGGAUUCUCUGGUGGAGGCCGCGGUCGUUUUGCGCCGCCUGGAGCGAACACUACCCUCGAAUUUGCCAACGGCACAACCCUUACCAUUGCGAACACUGCCCGAACAUUACUCAGCUUCGCAAACGUCACCUCGGGCGAGGAUCUGAGGAGGAAAAUCAUUUAUGACGAAGGCUCAACCGUCCCAUCUGUUCGCCCUAACUUGAUCACUCCGGUCUCUCGAGACACCAUUCCAUCAACCCAAGCCAUAGCGCCACCUGGUUAUCCGGCGCCGGUCGUAGCCGGUCCCUCCAACCUCAUCAAUGGUUUCUAUAUCGACGGGACUGGAUACGAGGAUGUGGCGGUACUCCAAGUGCCGAGCUUUAUUAGCUCUUCAUUUGCUGAAGCCCCUUUCCAGGCUGCUUCACAGAACGAUCUGUUCAAGCAGUUAUUCCCAGCAUUGGAUCCGUACGGUGCCAACCGCUUCCGCUAUAAUGAAGCUGUCGAUCUCGUUGGCCAGGCUUUCAGUGGAGUAGCCUCUCAAUACCCUCGAGAAGCUGGGCUGAGGAACAGUACUUUGAGAGCUGUACAGUCUAGUUACUUCGACUACCAUACGGACACGACCGUUGAUGGGAAGCCUUUCGAGUCGUGGUCACAGAAAGUUGGACCGAUCUCAGUGAACGGACAAUAUUACACGGCGCUCUCUCGUUGGAAUCUCACUGACAUCUACAUCCCUUAUCAGGCUGGCAUCAACGUCACGGGCUUUUCCAACCUUACUCGAUGGAAGCCAGAGGAUAUUGUCCUUGUCACCGACGGAUACUGUGCGUCGACUUGUUCUAUCUUUGCGGAGUUGAUGACCCAACAAGGUGGUGUGAAGACCAUUGCAAUGGGCGGUCGAAGCAACGCGAACAAGAUCCAGGCCGUCGGCGGCGUCAAAGGCGCCAACAUCUUCCAAUGGGGUUUCAUCCAGACGUACGCGGCGCAGGCCAAGCAGCUCAAUAACACGCUCCGAACUUCUGCACUGAAAGAGUACGACGUUGGCAAAGCGGUGGGCCGCUCCUAUGCCGACGGCAUUAAUGUCCGUGACGCCGUGCGCCUGGGUGAUGAAUCGGGUAUUGCGCUCCAGUUCAAGUAUGAGGAAGCGAACUGCCGCCUCUACUACACAGCGGAGAUGACGGUGAACGCGGCGGCCAUCUGGAAAGCUGCUGCCAAUGCGCAGUGGAAGGAUUCCUCCAAGUGUAUUGGCAAUGGUGGCUAUUACCCUUCAAAUGCUAAACGUGCUGCUCAAGGCAAAACUACGACAUUGAGCCCUGCUCGGGGCUAUCAAGUGCACGGCGUACAAGCUUUGAGACAGUACGAAGCCCUCGAGGGUAGCUUUUCUGUGGAGACGGAAUACCAGCGCGAUGCCGGCGACGGGUUCAUGCAGCCUUGA